AUGAGCACCCAGGUUAUAUUAAAAGAUUUCAAUCUUACUCUUCCUCCUGGUAAAGUGGUAGCUGUUGUUGGAUCUUCUGGCAAUGGUAAAUCCACUAUUGCUGCGCUUCUCAUGAGAUUUUAUGAUGUUAAUUCAGGAAGUAUAAUAAUAGAUGGUGUAGACAUUAAGAAGCUUGAUCAGACUUGGUUGCGUAAGAGAGUAAUUGGAUUAAUUAAUCAAGAACCAAUACUGUUUGCUAUGUCUAUCUUAGAAAACAUACGUUAUGGAAAGCCUGAGGCAACAGACAUUGAGGUUAUUGAAGCUGCAAAAAUAGCCAAUGCUGAUUCUUUUAUCACUUCUUUUCCCAAUGGCUAUAAUACAAUAGUUGGAGAACGAGGAGUAACAGUUUCGGGAGGACAAAAACAAAGAAUUGCCAUUGCAAGAGCUAUUUUGAAAAACCCAGCAAUACUUAUAUUAGAUGAAGCCACAAGUGCACUUGAUACAGAGUCGGAAAUGCAUGUGCAAUCAGCAUUAGAAUCUGUAUCAAAUGGAAAAAACAGUUUAGUAAUUGCUCAUCGAUUGAGCACUGUAAAGAAUGCAGAUAUAAUUGUAGUUUUGAAUAAAGGUGAAAUUGUUGAAGUUGGGGACCAUAAUACCUUAUUGCAAAAGAAAGGUUUUUAUUGGAAUCUGAUGAAUCAGCAGACAUCUGACAAAGCAAAUGCUGCAUAA